CCGCUUCGUCCGGGAGACAGGCUUACAGAAGAAGAAGUCAGGAUCUGGUGCCGAAGAUGGAGCCACAUGGCAAUAUUUGGAAGCCAUGGAUUUUAUGCGAGACUUCGUUGCUCCUCGAAAAACAUUUUCCAAUCUGGAUUUUACUUCACAGGAGGAGGAAAUAAACGGCAUCAGCCCGUGCAACGUGACCGAAACCUCUUAUUAUGAGGAGUAUGAAGUAAGCUCUCCUCUUCCUUCUGUUCCGGCAAACGACACGGAGCAGUCCAACAGCGCAAAAAAAAAUAAACGGCGUCGUGUAGAAGACGAGGCGAACGAGAGGUUCGGAUCACUAUGCGUGGCGGUCAAUGAAUUUGUUGGCUCCAAAUCCGAAAGCUUUAAUAAUAGCCGCAAUUUUGAGUUUUAUAAAGUUCUGGACAGCUAUGUAUUGAAACAUCCGGAGCAGGCCCAAUCAAAGUUGUGAUACUCAACUAUGUUUUCAACUAUAAUUGCGGCAAUUAUUAAAGCUUUCGGAUUUGGUAUUUUAUAAAAUUAAAUAAGUGUUUUUGCCAAAAUUCCACAGAUACACUUGUGACCAGCCAGCA